GAAACAGUGGUGCAGCUGCGGACUCUGGAGCUGCCUGUAGAUUACAGGGAGGCUAAGCGGAGGGUCACUGGAAUCUGGGAAGAUCAUCAGCCGCAACUCGUCGUGCAUGUGGGCAUGGACACCGCCGCCAAGGCGAUCAUUCUGGAACAGUCUGGCAAGAACCAAGGCUACCGGGACGCCGACAUCCGCGGCUUCUGGCCCGAGGGCGGCGUGUGCCUACCUGGCAGCCCAGACGUGCUGGAGUCAGGGGUCUGCAUGAAGGCAGUCUGCAAGCGCGUAGCUGUGGAGGGUGUCGACGUGAUCUUUUCCCGAGAUGCAGGCAGAUACGUCUGUGAUUAUACCUAUUACCUGUCUCUGCAUCAUGGAAAGGGCUGUGCGGCACUCAUCCAUGUCCCUCCACUAUCACGCGGGCUCCCGGCCAGCCUGCUGGGAAGAGCCUUGAGUCAUCAUCCAGGAAAUGCUGGAAGAGGUGGGAAAGCCCAAGCACAAAGCCCAGUUCAAAGAAAACUCAACCAUGGUCCUUCCAGCCAAAGGGAACUGACCGGGGGAUUGCUCCUUUAGAGAAAAUUAAAUGUUUCAAUCCUGUAUGUAGCACUCAUCUGUGCAUUGAGAAACUUUUUCAAAAAUUGCUUGUAAGAUAAAGAGGGUGGAAAA